ACACAGCCAAUUCAUCAACAGACAAUCUUGGGUUCCUUGAAAAGACUGAUCAGCAAUCUGAGUUCAUGAUGCAGCUUUAUGGAGCUCUGAUCCUGUGUGUGACUCUGUCUGCAGCAUGUGGAUUAAAGUGCUACACAUGCACAGGCACUGAUCCUAAAUCCUGCACAAACACUGAAUCUUGUCCUGCCUUAGCUGACCGUUGUUACUCUGUCACUCUCGAAGCAAACGGUGUGACAAUGGUUUCCAAGGGCUGCCUAACCAGUGCACUAUGUGUCAGUCCUGUGUCUUGCUGUGAAGGGGACCUGUGUAACAGCGCUAUUCCAGCUGGUCCCAGUGCCAUCCUGCUGCUGGUGUCCUCAGCCAUCCUCAAACUUCUUUUCUGAGGCUGUGGAAUGAUGUUAUUUCCAUGCUGCAUUUUUUUCUGAUUCUAUUUUGUAAAACUAAGGAAGAAAUAAACAAUUCUGGAGUGCCAUGAUAUGAAAAUUGUCCUUGGCAUUUUGAUCUUUCACUCAAACGAGUUCAGUAGUUUCCAGCCAAGAUUAACAGUUAAUGUUACUACAGUCAGGGGUUUAAAGUGGGAACAUGGCAGGUGGGGGAACUCUAAGAUCAUUUGUAGUGGCUCACAGUGUCACAAUACGAAAAAACAUAACUUCUCGUCAUAUACAGACCAAUUAUCUGAUUUUUAAAAAAUGAGGAUGUUACAUGUAGGCUUUAAAUUUAUAGUUUAUCAAAUGUUACUGAGCAUUAAAUCCAGUGUUAGGGAUUUAUUUUUAUUUGCUGAAUAAAAUGACAAAUGUUUAAAAGUAAA